UUUCAGCCAUUUCCGACCGGAUAAUAUGCUUCUUUGCAGAUAAUGGAGAUAAGGUAAUUAUCUACGAGCAGGUUAAUUAACCAGGAAGCAUUCCUCUUACACAAAAUACGUGGAAUUACAAAAUUUAAAUGCUUCGCCACGCUGCCAUGCCCAGUGAGCCGUACGACAUGUUUUCCACAGCAUUCAGACAGCGUGUCCAUUCAUGCCCGAGCUUGACCAGGGUGCCAGUGCCCGCCAUCCUGCCCAGGCCUCAGGUGCCAGUCAGUGCCCGGAGAGCAGAGGAGAGCCAGGGGCGUCACACGUGAGGGACCCGGGGUACGUCAGCAGGGCAGCACGUGGAACAUUUCACUCGGGGUACUCAGCUUCCACCUGUGUCCCCUUGUUCGAGUACCACCCGUGCCAGAUAAUCUGCAUUAUCUACCCUAUGGCCCAACCACUUGGACUGGACGGUAGAGCGACGGUCUCGCUUCUUGGAGGUCGGCGUACAAUCCGCGACCGUCCUAGUCUGGGAUUGAAGGUCGACACUCAAGCACAACUAGGUGAGCAAAUGCCAGGCUGUUGGAGUGGAACUCGGGACUUCAUCACCAGCUAUAAAUAAAUUGGGUACCAUUCUCUCCUCCGUUCUAUCCUAAAUCCUUGUCCUCGUAUCCCGUCCCAAGGUUAUAUAAUCGUAAUGGCUUAGUACUUUCGCCUGCCACAUUACCUAUCUACCCCAUGAAUUCCUCUGGUAAUUUUGUAGGUGGUGAUCAUGUCUCUCCUAAGUGUUCUGUCUUCCAGGGAUGUGAGGUUUAAUUCCUGUAGGCUUUCCUCGUAACUCCCUCUGAGAUCUGGGACUGGUCUGGUGUGCCACCAGACCAGUCAGUCCCUUUGGUCCGGUAUGAAUCUUCUCUUAACAUUGUCUUGUGUUUAACUAGGUGUGGACUCCAGGCUGGGGCUGCAUACUCUA